ACACGCGUCUACUCGUCUCUCUGCUCUCUUCAUCUCUCUUCCGCCUUCCUCUCUUCAGCUUCUUUAUCGUUUCUACACUCCUCUUCGUUUUAAUCCUCACUCCACUUUGAAUCAUGGCUCAGCAGGACAGCAGCAACACCAACAACAACAGUCUCACUGUUCCAACUGAAGGGGGCAAAUACGUUACUGUCUUCAAUGAUCCCGUCAACUUCAACGCCAAGCAUCCUCUUAACAACUCUUGGACUCUCUGGUUCGACAAUCCCGGCAAGAAGUCCAAUGCCAACAACUGGGAGCAGUCGCUCAAGGAGCUCAUUACCUUCGAUACAGUCGAGGACUUUUGGGGGGUAUACAACAACAUUAUGAAGACCUGCGACUUGGGUAUUAGUUCCAACUACCAUUUAUUCAAGCAAGGAAUCAAGCCUAUGUGGGAGGACCCCGCGAACAAGCGCGGAGGCAAGUGGAGCAUCCAGUUGCCUCGCAACAAGACCAUGAACGAGAUCGAUAAUAUCUGGCUGUACACAAUGCUGGCUUGUAUCGGCGAGGCUUUUGAACAGGAGAGCGAGGUGUGCGGUGCCGUAGUAUCUGUCCGCAAAGCAUUCUUCAGGAUAGCGCUGUGGACGCGAUCAUCCGACAACUACGAGACGGCCAUGAGUAUUGGUCGCAUCCUCAAGAGAGCCGCUAACCUCAACGGAACUCUUGAGUUCCAGAGCCACCAUGAGUCGUCCAACACUGGGAAGGCUUGGACCGUGUAAAGAGCCAGCGGGAUUGAGCAGGACGAACACCUCUCGGCACCGAAACGCCAACUCGGGAUUGGUCUCCUCUCAUUCAAAUGCACCACCAACACUUCUUUCCUGCACAAUUUUUUUUUUUUUGUCAUCGCCCUUUGCAUUCUUUGUAUUGCUCUUGACUUCAUACUCAUACUUGCACGUCUUUCCCAGCUCAAUUUGCUUUCAUAUUCUUUUCAUAUUUUUGUAUGUACUCUUUUUUUUAUUCUUACAUCCAGCGCAAAGAAUCGAAUCCACUCAUAGACACAGCCCCGCUUU